AUGUGGUCACGUUAUUGUUUCGGAGCUUUCACCAGGUUUCGACUUUCGUCAGGUCUCGGACCUUUGACCAGAUUUUAUAAUUUUCACCAGGAUUUGAAAAUUUUACCAGGUUAUGUUAGCUCCGGAGGGAGGUUUCGUCUAAGCGAAAAUUUACGUUUCAUCCACAAUGCUGGUCAUCUUAUUAUUGCUUUUACGUGUAAAGUUUGUUCACAUCGUUCAACAAAAAUAAUAUCAAAACAAGCAUAUAAUAACGGAGUUGUUAUAAUCCAAUGUUCAUGUAAAAACCAUCAUUUAAUAGCAGAUCAUUUAGGAUGGUUUCGAGAUAAUAGAGUUACUAUUGAAGAUUUAAUGUUAGAACGAGGUGAAAAAGUAUUAAAAUAUGUACAAGAAGAUAAAACUAUACAUGAAUGGACUCCUAACGUUAUUCAAGAAGAAACUAAAAGUUUUAGUGAAGGACUUUAUAAACUGGCGGCGAGUAAAGAGGAAUAA